UGAAAGAAGAAGUUUUAACCUCAUCUUUGCAAGUUGUUCCUCGUGUUUGCAUGUUGGGAACAGAAAUAUCAUCAAAACAGCUUCAGACUCUGGGUUUUUAGCCGCGACUACGUUAAAACGUCACCAUGGCGUCCUACACCUGCAUCAGCUGCCGGGUGUCCUUCACGGACGGCGAGGUGCAGCGAGCGCACUACAAGACCGACUGGCACCGCUACAACCUGAAGCGCAAGGUGGCCGACAUGCCGCCCGUCACCGCCGAGAACUUCCAGGAGCGCGUCCUGGCCCAGCGCACCGCCGCCGAGCGCCAGCUGGCGGACGCCGGCGCCGCCGAGAGCUGCGCCGCCUGCAGCAAGAGGUUCUCCAGCGCCAACGCCUACCAGAACCACCUGCGGUCCCACCGGCACCAGCAGGCCGAGAGGCAGGCGGCGCUGGCGGCUCAGAGGAAGGUGGAGAAGAUGAACGAGAAGAACCUGGAGAAGGGCGUCUGCGACGAGAAGGAGGACAACGACGCCAAGAACGAGGCUCUGCAGCAGGCGCUGAGGCAGCAGCAGAGGCCCGGCCCGGCCAAGGCGGCCAAGGUCCAGACGCCACUGGGCGAAGGCAAGGUGGAGAAGCCGCCCCGCGUGGUGUGGCUGGAGGAGCAGGUGAAGCGGCGCCGGGGAGAAGAUGGAGGGGCAGCGGCGGCAGAAGAAGACUGGGAGGAUGUCGAUGAGGAGGAGGAGGAUUACAUGGAAGAUGAUGAUGAGGAGGAGGAGGAGAUGAUGGAUGAGGAGGAGGAAGGCGGCCCGCCGGGUGCGUCCGUCUCCCAGCCGCCCCCCCUCCCAGGCUCCCUCCCCGUCACGGACUGCCUCUUCUGCCCCCACCACUCCAGGUCGCUCCUGAAGAACGUCGCCCACAUGACCACCGUCCACAGCUUCUUCAUCCCCGACGUGGAGUUCCUGGUCGACCUCAGGGGCCUCAUCAGAUACCUCGGAGAAAAGGUCGGCGCCGGGAACGUGUGUCUGUGGUGCAACGAGAAGGGCCGCUCGUUCUACUCGACGGAAGCCGUGCAGCGCCACAUGACGGACAAAAGCCACUGCAAGCUCUUCACAGACGGAGACGCCGCGCUGGAGUUCGCCGACUUCUAUGACUUCAGGAGCAGUUACCCCGACAGGAAGGAGGGAGAGGAUGAAGGGAUGGACGACGACGAGCUGCCGGAUGAUAAGAACCUGGGAUAUGACGAUGAGACCAUGGAGCUGACUCUCCCUUCAGGAGCAAAGAUCGGCCACCGCUCCCUCAUGAGGUACUACAAGCAGCGGUUUGGCCUCCAGCGGGCCGUGGUUCUGAGCCACAGCAGUAACGCCGUCGGCAGAGUCCUCCGGCAGUACAAAGCCCUCGGCUGGGCCGGAGACGCAGGCUGCGGCUCCGUCCAUCAGAGACAGAAGGACAUGCAGUACGUCCAGAGGAUGAAGUCCAAGUGGAUGCUGAAGACGGGGAUGAGCAACAACACCACCAAGCAGAAGCACUUCAGAGCCCAGGUCAUGUUCUAGUGAGGGACCAGGAGGAGGAGGAGGAGCUGACUGAUGAAGGGUGGCUGCCAACAAACAAGAGACAGAGGAAGAAAGACUCAGACUUUUCUGUUUCCUCUGCAUUUGAGGUUUGACGACCUUAAAAACAGACCAUGAUGGAGAAGAACUUCGACUCUUUGGGUUUUCCUCUAACACCCAGCAUCUGGGCUCAAAGAUGAAUCUAAUCACCCGGGUUACAAAAACACACCAUUAAAAUAAAAAGAGCAAAACUCAAAUUCAUAAAAUUAUUCUUAAAUUUUACUGAUCAUGGAAAAAAUGUAACUUAAAUAUUCAGAUGUCAUCUUCCAGAUGAAGACUUGGUUUAAACCCACAAUGGGAUUUAAAUGGCUUUUAAACUUCCAGCCUAAUAAAUGCGUGUUUUCUGGGUAAACCGCUGUCAUAUUUUCAUCGUCUUUGCCAUAACUCUCAGGCAAGUUCCUCGAAACUUUGGCACAAAUCUGUCGUCUUUCAGGAUGAGCUGAUCAGUUUGAAAACCAGCUGAAUUAAUGUUUACGCUCCUAAAAGAGGAGAAAUCCUGUAUCGGCGCCGUAGAGAUGACUGAACCUGUGUGGAUACGCUGUUCUGUCAUUUUGACAGCCGCUCCAUGUUUUCUGGUGGAAAUGAAUAAAGCUUUGCACGUCA